CUCACAGCUAUUCGUUUCGAUUGAUUUCGUUAUUUAAAAUAAGUCACAAUUAUUUCUCUAUUUUAUUAAUUCAGUUAUUAAGUAAAAUAAAUUGUUAUUUUAUUGACACCAUGUAUCACAUUUUCCAUGUUUUAUUGGGACUUCUAUGGUUAGGUCUCAAAAUAAUUCACGGAGAAGUAAUUCAAUGUGCAAUUGGUGGAUUAACUGAUGAGGGACUCUGCGACAACUUAAUUGAAGAAAGUGUCUUGCAUAAAUUCUAUAUAGCUAGUUUAUUUAAAGAAAUAAAUAAAAUCCCAAGUAAUAGGUAUGAAGACAUUGAUAGUACGAUUGGAAUUAAAUUUGAAAAUCCUCAUGCUACGUCCACAACAAAUUGUUUUAAAGCCUUGACAUUACGUACACCAAAAGAAGAUCUCUAUACGAUAUUUAGAAAAACUUUAAUUUAUGAUAUCGAUAUUCCAAUCCAAGAAUGUUUAGAUCAAGCUCUUAAAUUAAGAACGGACACGUAUUUAAUUAAGUUUUAUUACAUGUUAUUAUCCCAAAAUAGAAAUAAUGCAAAAUGGACAAUUGAAAGAAAUAUGGUGGUUUUUCAAUCGUACUAUUAUGCAGCGAGUACCCAUUAUUUUUUUAAGGAAUAUAAUUUAGCAAUGGCUGUGAUCAACUCUGUUUUAGAAAAUUAUGAUGAGAACUAUAAAUCAAAGUUUGAUGAAAACGAAGAAUACAAAAAGCAUGCAAAAGUAUGGUAUAUACUAUUUCUAAGAUUGCAAUUAGAUACAGUGAAACGUAAUGAUGAAUACUAUGGGCUGAGCAUAAGAAAGACCGAAAAAAUUGAAAAAUUAAAAAAAGAAGAAGAGGAAUUUGAUAAAUCUGGUUACGGAUCGUUCCCCAGUUCAGCAGUAUUAUUGUUUCGAAGUUAUUUUUUGGACCAUAGCAUUGAUGAAAAUGAAAAGAAUAAAUUUAAAAAAUGGUUAACGAAUGAUGAAUUAUGGUUAUCCAUAGAUGACGAUCCUUUGUAUAAAAACUAUAUUUCUAUGUAUAAGUUCUUAGUAUUUUACCAUAAAAGCCAAAAUCAGUAUGAAAAAAUAAUUUAUUUAAUUGAAGCGAUUAAAAGGCCGGUCUUAUCCACAGAAGAUAGAUUAUUAAACUAUGAAGCAAUUAAAUUGAUAUCGAAAGAUAUUGUUAGAUUCUGCAUCGAUUCAACUGAAUUGGCAAACAAUUUUGAAAUAUGUAAACAAUUUAAAGAAUAUAAAACAAAAAAUGAAAAUUUAAUGUCAAAAAUAAUUCCCAAAUUACAUAUUCUACAUAAAUUACAAAAUAUACCAAAAGAAAAAUUUAUAGAAGACCUUCAUACAGAAUUAAAUAAGGAUAAUUAUAUGAUUCAACAGGACGUAUUACAUUUAAUUAUGAAUGCGGCUAUAGAUAUCGACACAAAAUCAAACAAUUAUGAAACAAAUAUUGAAAAUGUUAAGCUUGCAAUCCGGUUACUUAAUAGUUACGUCAAAGGUCAAAAAAAAAUCCUCAGUAAUACAAGAAAGUGUGAACAAGAGAAUUUGGAAAUAACUAAUGAAAUGGCUAAUGAAAAACCUAAAGAAACUAUUGACGAAAAAACUAAAGUAACUGAUGAGGACAAUACUGAAAAAACUGAUGAGGAAAAUCUUGAAAAAAAGGAAUCCAUAAAAAUUAAUUAUGAUGAGGAAUCUACAACAAAAUAUUUAACGGCUCAAAGAAUCAAUAAUCUUUUUAUUGCCUAUAAAUGGUUAAUAGAACUGAAUGGAGUUCUUAGUAAUAAUUCACAAUCUGAUAUAUAUCAAAAUGGUUUAUUAAAUGCUAUAGAAGAUGCAAAUAAUUUAAUGAUAAAGUAUAAAUCUGUUUCCGAUAGUAUACAAUUAAACGUAGAUGAACAUUUUAUUUAUCUAAAAGCUAAACAAAAGAUCAAAAUUCUAAUUCCCCUUAACGAUUGGGAAGCCUCUAAUAGGUCUGGUGAUUGGAAACUAUCAACAAAUAUUUUUAAAAAAAUUAAAGUCAAUUUAAGUUUCGGGGAAGAAUUAAUAUAUGAUAAUCUAACGUUUUUAGAAUCAAAUUAUCAAAACUGUCUGUACAUUAAUAAGAUAGAGUUGUAUACGUUAAUGUUUAGAUAUCAUAGGAAAUAUCACCAAGAUGAUUAUGAUAAAAUGUACGAAUAUAUAAAAAAGGCUAUGAAUGAAAUAGUCAUUACACCUGAGGACCGCAUAAAAAAUUUGGAAGCGCAUGAACUAUUUACUAUGUUUUUGAUAGAUCGUAAUGAAGUCGCAAUUAAAAAAGCGAAUGUAACAGAUAUUAAAACCGUAUAUAACGAUUUUCUGAAGGAUCCUGACCAGCAUUAAAACGUAUAAUUAAGAAUUUUAUUGAUUCUAGAAAUGUAUCGAAUAAUUAAGAUGACGAUGAUUCAACAUGGGAAAAUUAAUAUUACAUUAUAAUUUAAUAUUAUAAUUAAAUUACACUAUCUAUAAUAUAUUAUUGUAAUUAUUUUUAAAACUCACAUGAGUAUAACAUUUUAUUUUCAAUUAAAUUUCAUUA